AUGAAAUAUCAAUCUAGAUCUAAAAAGUAAAAUUUUCAAAUAGAUUUUACACCAUAUUUUCAGAGUUCGGGAUCUUCAAAUAUAGAUUCUGAUUGUGAAGAUAGGGAAAACUUAAAGAAAAUUAAACAAAAAAAAAUAAAGAAAUAAUCAUUUAAAAGUAAAUCAGGAAAUUGGGGUUCAGGAAGACCAUCUAAAAAUAAGAAAGUUGUUGCUAAUGAUCAAUAGAAUUAAGAAUUCUUUGAUGAUAAUUUAUCAAAUUUAUGGUUUGGAAGAGAUAUUUCUAUGAAAAUAAUAAUCUAUUUAUGUAAAAUGGGGAAUAUGAUAUUUAAAGUUGUAACAGGCAUACCAGCCUCAAAAAUAAAAAAAGGUUUUCUCAAAACUGACGAAAUUGUUCAUGAAGUUAAAAAAAAAUAUUCAAAUUAACUUAAAAAAGAUUUCAAAGUAAUUUAUUUUCAUUAUUCUAGAAUAAAUGUUCUAGACUUCUUUAGUAUUUAGAUUAUCCUGAAGACACUACUUAUAUGUUUUUAGGGAAGAACAACAAUUAUCCUAAUAAAUUAUUUUUAAACAAUUUACCUGAAGAAAUAAAAAUUGGUUUAGAAAUAGUAAUGAAAUACAUUUCUCCAUAAUUUAUUGAUACAUACAAACUUAUUGUAAAAGAAUACUUUUAGAAUUAAAAAUCUGAUUAUAAUAUCAUUGAUAACAUCAUCUCAAAAUUAAUCGAAAAUUACCAAGAUCAUAAAAUGAUUUUCGAUAGACAAUUAAUUUAUGAACUAACAAAAGAUGAUUGCUCUUUUAUUAGUUUAAUUGUAAAUAGUUUAAUUUAUUAUUUUAAAGGAAUCUAAUCCUAUUUAUGCAUCAUUUCACUACAGUCAAAAUUCAACUAUAGGCUUUUUUAACUUUUCUUCUAACACAUUUAAUGACGAGGUAGAAGAAAUUAAAAAAAAAUCAGAAUGGAUUCGAUAAUUUAUUAAAGGAUUUGUUGAAAUUCUAUCAAGUUGCUAUCCUAAAACUUAACUUAUAUAAGAAGAAUGA